ACAAGGAGGAAGAGGAGGAGGAGGAGGAGGCGUCUUCUCCCCCCCCACCCCCCGCCGCCAAGAGUUGCCGUUCGGAGCUCGGAUGCCAAAACGCGCCAGAGGAUCGGUGCCAAAGGGUCAUUCGGGUUUUAGCGCGCACGAGGAGAGAGAGGAAGGUGCUCGGGGAUCCUAAAAUUAACAUUUCAUUGACGUCAAUUAGGGAGCAGCGGCCACUCCGAGACACCCCCACGGAAGACACGUCGCGGGAUUUUGCAGUUGGUUUUGCUUUUUGCACGGCGGCUCCCUCCGCCGUCCGGGUGUCGCCCCCCCUCCCCCGAAGAAGGACCGCAUCCUCCUCGCCGUGCGCACCUUUGCAAACUUGUGCGCCGUCCAAAUAGCACUUUUAUUUGUGGUCUUUUUGGAAAGGCGAGGAGUAAAAGGAAGGUCCGUCCGAGACCGAGAGCGAGACCGAGAGCGGACCGACACCACGGUGCGAGCCGACUCCAAGUGCCGUUCACCGGGCGAUGCCAGAGUAAAUGCCGGGGCGAUGUCCCGCCGCAAGCAGGUGAACCCGCAGCACUUGACGUUGAGCCACAGGGAGACGGCGCCAGCCGAGGCCAAUGACUCGGGGACAAGAUCUCCGUCUCCCACGCCGGCCGCCCUCAGCCCCAGGAGGGCGGGGCCCGAGGAGCACGACCUGCUGACGUGCGGCCAGUGCCAAACCAACUUCCCGCUGGGAGACAUCCUGGUCUUCAUCGAGCACAAGAGGCGGCUGUGCCGGGGACCCGCCCAGGGGGUGCCGGGCACCUUCUCCAAGCCCGGGGAAGCCGGGUGCACCAUCAGCAUCCCCGUCUCCCCCAGGGUACGCUCCUUGGAGAUGGGAAGGGGGCCUCUCCCCGUGGAGGUGGGCAUCCAGGUGACCCCCGGGAGGGACGAUGACCCCGAGAGGAGGAUGACUCCGGCCAAGGGGAUUUGCCCCAAGCAGGAGAAAGGAGACAAAGAUGAGCCCUCCAGCUACAUCUGCACCAGCUGCAAGCAGACUUUCACCAGCGCCUGGUUCCUGCUCCAGCACGCCCAGCACACUCAUGGCAUCCGCAUCUACCUGGACAACCACCCGGCCAACUGCUCCCUCACCCCCCGCAUGGCCCUGCCGCCCCCGCCGGGUGCCGACGCCCUGCCCCGCUCGCCUCUGCCGACAUUCCUGGGCGACACCAACAACCCCUUCCACCUCCUUCGCAUGGCCGCGCCCUUGCUCAGGGAACACCCUCCACCCCCGGGCUUCAUGGAGACCCGGCUGCCCGCCACACCACCCUUUGUCAGCCCCCCACCUCCUCCCAGACCCCCACUGGAGCGACUGGGCCCGGAGGAGAUGGGGCUGCUCUCCCAGCACCCCAGUGCCUUCGAGAGGGUGAUGCGGUUGACACCCAUGGAGCCCCCGUCUAUGGACUUCUCUCGACGGCUGAGAGAACUGGCAGGCAACACCAACAACAACGGGGGUCCCACACCCCCCCUGUCGCCCAACCGGGUGCCACCCAUGCACCGCUUGCUCAGCCCCACGCUCUUCCAGCCAGGUUCCAAACCGCCGGCCUUCCUCACCUAUGCUCCGCAGCCGCCCACCUCCCAGGCGGGACACGGCUCCUCAAGCCCCCCUGACGCCCAGGGUCAGAACCAGGCGGCAGCCAAAGCCAAGUCGUGCGAGUUCUGCGGCAAGAUCUUCAAGUUCCAGAGCAACCUGAUUGUACACCGCCGCAGCCACACCGGAGAGAGGCCGUACAAAUGUCACCUGUGCGACCACGCCUGCUCCCAGGCCAGCAAGCUCAAGAGGCACAUGAAAACACACAUGCACAACAAGUCCGGCUCCAUGGGGGGCUCCCCUGAGCCAGGAAACAGAGGCGAGGGAGGCGAAGGUGAGGAAAAGAGCCACGAGGCUGAUGCAAGAGGGGUGAGCAUGGACAACGAGGAGGAGGAGGAAGAGGAGGAGGAGGAAGAAGAGGAGGAGGAAGAGGAAGAGGAGCUGAGGAACGGAAGUCGGCCGGACUCUAACUUAAGCGAGGACUCGCAGGAGUUCAACCCCAACAGGGAGAACGGGCCCAGGCAGUCUCCCAAGGAGAAGCACCUGGGCGGGGAGCGCGUGGGUGAGAGUGGGGGGGUGGGCAUCAUGCAUCCCUACAACCAUCUGGACAAUCAUCUCAGACUGAACCCCAACAAGAGGAGCCUGGAAAGGCAGCCUAAUGGGGACGGCACCAACGGGGGCAACCUGGAGCGGGAGCGGCAGAGCGACAGGGAGCAGGACAAGGAGCAGGACGAGCAGGACGCCCGUCCUAUGAUGAACGGCAGGAUCAGCGUGUCCGAAGUCGAAUCCUUCCCGGGGCUUUUCCAGCGGCGACCCACCCCCAUCACCAGCCCCAGCCCGUCCAACAACAACAAAAGGAUCAAGAUUGAGAGGGAGCAGCUGGAGCUCCCGCCGACGCUCCCGCUCAUCUCCCCGGAAAACGUCUACUCCCAGCUCCUGGCCGGCUACGCUGCCUCGCGCCACUUCAUUCGGGAGCCCUUCUUGGGGUUCACCGACUCCCGCCAGUCCCCUUUCGCCACCUCCUCGGAGCACUCCUCUUCCGAGACGGGCAGCCUGAGAUUCUCCACGCCGCCGGGCGAGCUGAUGGAGGGCGGCAGCGCAUCAGGCCGCAGCGGCAGCAGCACGCCGCACCUCCUGCGCGGACCCGGGCCCGGCCGGCCGCCGAGCUCCAAGGACCGGCGCAACGACACGUGCGAGUACUGCGGCAAGGUGUUCAAGAACUGCAGCAACCUGACCGUGCACCGGCGCAGCCACACAGGCGAGAGGCCCUACAAGUGCGACCUGUGCAGCUACGCCUGUGCCCAGAGCUCCAAGCUGACGCGCCACAUGAAGACGCACGGCCAGUUCGGCAAGGAGGUGUACCGCUGCGACAUCUGCCACAUGCCCUUCAGCGUGUACAGCACGCUGGAGAAACACAUGAAGAAGUGGCACGGCGAACACUUGAUGGCCAGCGAGGUCAAACUGGAGCAAGCAGACAGAAGCUAGACGCCGGUUGCGCACGGCCACACCCACGGCCACAGCCACACCCACACAGAAAUACAUAUAUAUGCGCACACAUCUUCCCUAUGACUACUUGGAAAAGGGGCAUGGCUGGAUAAUCUCUUUACAUAAAAAAAAAAAAUCAGACUGAUUGAUGUUGAUUGAUUUUUCAAUUUCCCUCAUCGCCUGAGAAUAUUAACAGAAAAAGGGAAACUUUUAACCGGAGCGUCCGGAGCGCCGUCUGAGGAUUUGAUCAGUUUAGGAAUUCCAUGGAGCCUUUCUACUGUGCAAUAAUUUCUGUAUUUAUUGGAUUUUUUUGUAACGAUAUUUGGCAUGUGCAGAUACAUCUUUGUGGGAUUUCAUAUGGAGUUGCUCCAAAAGUUUUUCAUUUCUAAAAAAGAAAAAAAUUGGAAAGAAGUCACCCUUAAUGAUAUUAAUAAUAAUAAUAAUUUCUUGUUUUGUCCUGUAAGGAAGCUUAUUAUCAUGUACGAGUAAACGUGUGUAAAGCGCUUGGCUUUUCAAAGUCCUAGUUUUCUAGAAGUGCAGCAGCGGACUACAAUCCAUCCCCUCCUCUUCAGCACUGAUGUCGGCCUGACAAUAACACCGUGACGGAUUUGAAAAAUCCAACAAUGUCCACCCCAUUCAUUUAUUGGGCAAAAUUUUGUGCUUCUUAAAAAUCCGCUUGUGAAUUGAAAAGAAAAAAAAACCCAGAAAGAAAUACAGAAGCUGUAUUGAUGUCCUCGCUCCAGUCAGGACGUAAAACAAAAAGGUUGCACUUAAUGGAGUUAGCGUUCAUUAGCUGAUGCUCCCAACAUUCCCCGUGUAGGAUGGAACCACCAUAUUUAAUAUGCUGAAUAAUUUAAGACUACUUGUGAUUAAUGUGAGAGGGGAACAGUCCUGUUUAUGUAAAUAUAUUCCAUUUAUUUUGACUUUUUCUUUGUUUUGUUUUUGUUUUUUGUUUUUUUUUAAUAUAUAUGCUCAAGUAGCCCCCCCGACUGUUCUGAAAAAGGCGGCCUAAAAACAAUCAAGAAGACCAGCUGCUUGCGUCAUCCAGUGUGUGUACGUGUACGUGUGUUAUUGCCUUGUCCUACUCUCCGCUCCGCCCGACCCCCACCUUGACCUCAGGCCGCCCCUUCCUCCUUCCCUCCUUAACGAGAAAGCCAUUCGGCGUCUGACACUUUUGACGACUUCUCUGCCGUCUCCCCUCCCAGAAUUGGUGACAAAACCUGAAAAAAUGCAAAGUGGAUAUGAGUUAUGAUGAUGUUGAGCACAUCUGGCCGUGUGACCUCCAGUCUUCUAGGAAAAAUAGAAAGAUUGGAACGGGAGGGCGAUUAAGAUGUGUGAGAAAAAAUCCUUGACCAGGCAGACGAGUCAUUCAAAUGAAAUUGGAAGCAUAUGAAAUGUUUUCUUUUUUGGGGGGGGGUAGCCAAAUGCGCAUCAACAGGCCACAUGGUCUUCUGGGAGGGAGACACAGUGAAGCCACAUGAAAGCAGACGGAGGAGACGCCAUCUUUCAUUUUCUGCUCACAAUCAACCUCGCUUGGAAAACGUUUCACCCUUGUCACCCUUUUGUCCACCGCGGCAAAUUUCCUUUACCGAGCCAACAAAAGCCUGGAAAGACGGCGUUUUAUCAGUUCAGGUUUGGGCCAAGAGCGGCGGAACCACCAUUACGUUAUGAUACGUUUACAGUGGGGGUGUCACAAGAGUUCUGGUUGGGGGAAAAUGUGCCGCGGGCACUCGGCCUGGAAUGACUCCUUCACACAGGAAAUGAAAAGAAAGUGGGUAGCUGCGCCGGCUUCAAUGAGAGUUCACUCUGGGCAUUGCUUCCACCACUUUGGUGCUCUUGUUCCGUAGAACAACAGCAUGAACGGAGUGAGCCCUUUUGUCAUUGUCUUUGUCCCAGCGGGUGGAGGCGGGGCCGUGCAGGAGAGUGUGACGUCAUAGAAAUUAAAUGAGUUCAUUCCAAUUUCUUGUCCUAUAUUUUUCAUGAUGCUUUUCUUAAAAGUAACAUGGUAAAUCUAAUCCGCUUCCCGUAGACCCAAUGUCGUGACACCCCUACUUUACAGUGUUGAAGUACGCCCCCCAUGAGAAUACUGCAACGUGUAUUAGGAGCAUCAUCGAGUACUGUCCCCUGGAAUGCCACCAGCAGCUCUGGAUGCAGGAGGAGGGGUCGUUUCUCUCAAGGAAAUCCAAAUCCAUCAUGCUUUCUCAAGAAAGUGCUGCCAUUUUUUUGGUUUUAUUUUGAAAGGGAGCUUUCAGUGGUUUGGCUGAGCUCUCCUCUGCAGGACGCGCAAAAUGGGAGAAUUAAAAAUCAUUUCCAAAAAUGGAUGGAGAUAAAACGUGCAGGGACACUCUUCCAACAUGGACAUCUUGGCUUUUGGUUGCUUUUUGUCCUCAUGGUUGCUUGAAGGUCUUGUGAUGACACUCAAAUGUCAUGAAAAAAAAAACAAACAAACCCAAAACAUUUUCACUUUUCACAACUUUCACUUUGGCUCUUUGUACAAAAUAGUUUUCCUUCUUCCUUUUUAG